CUCGAAUCUUGAAUGCCCAUUAAUCGUCAUUUCUUCUCUCCCACUCAAUACAUCCGGAUCUUUGCCAUUGUCCACCUCACCACAUUCCUAAGUGUGAGUGCGUACUUGCGCAGCACCGACCCGGAACACUACCCAUCACGCCCACGCCACCAACAAUUCCAACCCCACCGACACCCCGCCACAACCAACACCACUCGCAGUAACAACACAUCCUCCUCCCACCCAGCCCAAAGCAUGGGACCGAAGAAGGAAAACUCUAAGAAAGUCGCCGGCAACGCAAAAAAGGCCGAAGCAGCGGCCCAGAAGCAAGCAGCCGUAGAUGCAAAAACAGCCGCGGCAGAAGAUCGAGAAUGGAGCAAAGGAGCCAAAGACAAUAGCAAGAAGGCGGCAGCAGCAGAAAAGGCAGCAUCUGCGGCCGCCAAGAAAGCUGAACGAGAAGCAUUACUAGCAGAGGAAGAAAAGUCACAACGGUCAACGCCCAAAGGUGCGAAUAAGAAGACCGCGGAGAAGAAGUCAAGAGGAACGCUAGAUCUCGGUCAACUGGACGGCGACGCUGGUGGCAGUGGACAAGCAAGCAAAGCGCUGAAUGCUUCGGGAAUUGACAAUGCACUGGAUGCACUUAGUCUGACAGCGUCAAGCAACGAGCUGAAAAUUGACCGGCACCCGGAGCGUCGCUUCAAGGCGGCGUACAAGGCCUUUGAGGAACGUCGCCUUCCCGAGAUUGAGAUUGAACAUCCCGGUCUCAGAAAACAGCAGCGCAUCGAUAUUGUCAGAAAGGAAUUCGAGAAGAGUGAAGAAAACCCCUUCAACCAGGCUGGAAAUGUUCAAUUUGAUGCCACCAAGGAAGAGUUGAAUGCCGAAAAGGAGAGGCUACGUGCUGGUGUCGAAAAGAGAUUGGCCUCGAAAUAAAACCACGGUUGCGACGGCACUUUACCAGUGCUCACGGACACACUUGAGUCUUUUGUGCUGCCACAUUGAGUACGUCCACCUCAGCCGGACCAUCAAAGGCGUUCUGCACAGAGGCUGUUCCUCCCGUGGACACCGAUUCCGGACCCGGACUCGACCAACUUCACCGGCGCUCGAAGUCCGCUCGAUCGAUCAUGUACGGAUCCCUUGUCUUAGACAGUGACAGCAGCCCAAUUACAUCUGCAUCACUAUAUCUGACUUGGUGUGGGAGGCCAAUACAACGGCUUCAUGAGUGCCUGAGGGGCCCCCUAUUCACAACUUAAGCAUUGAGAGUUGGAUCCGGAUGAUUGUGACACAGCAAUGUUCUAGCCUAAUAGUAUACUUUACCGAUGGUCUCAUCACCCGCAACACUAUACAAAUCCCACAAUGUGCAAUGCUGCAUCAAAGUUUACGACAAAAUUCCUCACAAUCUAGAUCUAGCUCUUUUCCCGUGCCUUUCUCAUUCAUCACCCGCUGCCUCACAACUUGGCGGGCGCAGGAGGGACAUAUUCCCAUUCAAAUUCGCCUUCGGAACUUUCAAGUCCCCAUUGCUUCCUCAGCCCCCUUGCUCGAUCAGCAUAGGCGGUAUGUCGCAGUCUGGUAGCCUCAAACUUCUUCAAUUGGUCUCGGCCGACUUGAUGACGAUGAGCAGCAUCUGGGCCGUCGGCAACUCUGACAAAGCGAGCAUAGGCCCACAUCUCAGGUAGAGAAGUGUGCUGGGUCAAGCCCUGGCCGGCAUACAUCUGCAUGCAUUCGUCGAUAACAUUUGCCAUCAUCUCGGGGACCAGGAUCUUGCUCUGUGCAAUCACAUAGCGACCGGCCUUGUUGCCUUGAGAAUCCAUGGUGUCGGCGGCGUUGAGGACAACUAGUCGCAUGGCAUCAAUCUGUAACCUCAUGGCGGCCAAUCGUUCGAUGUUGGAAUCAAAGUCUCCAAUGAAUUUUCCACGUGGCAUCUUGCGCACGUCUUUGCAUCGCAACAAAGCCAAUUCAAACGCCCGCUCGGCUUGUCCAAGCAAUCUCAUGCAGUGAUGGAUACGGCCGGGUCCCAAUCGUCCCUGGGCAAUUUCAAAGGCUCUGCCUUCUCCGAGAAUGACGUUUUCCUUGGGGAUGCGCACAUCCUUCAACACGUACUCUCCAUGGCCCUCGGGAGCAUGGUCGUAGCCCAUGAUGGUCAGGUUUCGCUUGAUGGUCAACCCCGGGGUGUCGCUGGGCAUGAGGAACGUGGUAUGACGGGCCCAGGGAUCCUUGUUGUCGGGAUCGGUGCACAACAUGAUAAUGUACAGCUUCAUGUCUUCGUUGUAGUUGACGUUUCCGUACAGUUUUCGGCCGUUGACGAUGUAUUCGUCGCCAACUCUCACGGCGCGACAGGCGAUGUUGGUGGCGUCGGAACUGGCACGAUCGGGCUCGGUCAUGCUGUAUGCCGACGAAAAGUCGCCGUCCAUCAGAGGCUUCAGCCACUUGCGCUUUUGUUCUUCGUUGCAAUACUUGGCCAGCAAUUCAAUGUUGCCGGUCUCGGGCGCCUGGCAGUUCAUCGUCAUGGCUCCCCAGUACACUCGACCCAUGAUCUCGGCACAGCAGCUGUACUCCAAGUUGGUCAGGCCUGGUGACUCCUUGAAGUGGUUGGGUAGAAAGAUGUUCCAUAGGCCUUGAGACUUGGCCUUGGCUCGAAGUGAACGCAUGAUUUCGGGCGUCUUCCAUCUGUUGGCGGCAACCUGGGCUUUCAUAAUCUGUUCCGCGGGUAUACAUUCGGUUUCAAUCCAGUUAUGGACUCUUUGAAUCAUAUCGAUGGCCUGAGGACGAAGUUUGGCCAGCACCCAUUGCGGGUAUUUAUCAAAGGGCGCAUUUUUGAAUAUGGGGUUGUCGGUAGGAGACAUGGUGAAUGAAUGGCUCGCGUUGUAGGUCCAGGAAUCGAUGGAAUAAGGUAUGGAGUGUAAAGUGAGUGUGCUUGUUUUAGUCGUCGACCAAUACCCUUAGAUACUAGUUAUAGUACCUUGGUUCCUCGAUCCAAACCAACAAGUGAAACGCGGGGUCAAGUUCAAGGAACCGAAAUAAAU